CAUUUUUUUUUUCUUCUCAAUCUCUGUCCUUUUCGCACCACUUCCUAGUCCCCUCGUGCAACAUCUGUAAUCACUCUCCUUUCGAUAUAUAUACCAUCUGUUUUCCUCGGACAUGGAAUUUUCCGGCGGCUCCGGGACCGGGACGGGAUCGCCGUGCGGCGCGUGCAAGUUCCUCCGGAGAAAGUGCGCGUGGGACUGCGUAUUCGCCCCGUACUUCUCGUCGGAGCAAGGUCCGGCGAGAUUCGCCGCCGUACACAAAGUCUUCGGAGCAAGCAACGUGGCCAAGCUCCUGCUCAACGUUCCCGUCCACGACCGGUGCGAAGCCGUCGUCUCUAUUGCCUACGAGGCGGAGGCUCGUGUCAGUGACCCUGUCUACGGUUGCGUCGCUCAUAUCUUCGCCCUCCAACAGCAGGUAGCUUUCUUGAAAGCACAACUGAUGCAACUGAAGGCUCAACUCGCUCACCACAGCACGGCAACGUCCUUGACCAAUCCACCAAAUAUCUCGGAGAGUCGCCACUUGUGGGAACUAACAAGUGGGUUUCCAACAAGUACUACGACGCCGUACAAUCCCAUAAACCCUAACCUGGUCUCCCCGCAAAGCUCGUUCGAAUCGUUUGAAAAGAGAAACACGAGCAGCCACGUCAUGAGCAUGCAAGAGAUUCGGAGCAGUGGACAUGAUGGUUACUGUGGUUAUCCAGACAAGAAGAGAUUAGCAACUCACUGUAAUAACGAUUUGAGUGAGCUUCAAGCUUUGGCUCUUAGGAUGACGAGGAACUGAUCAAUAUGCAAGCAGAAAGAUAUAUAGAACCUUCCUCUCUUUACAGCAUGAUUUUUUGUUUUACGCGGAUUAUGAAAAAUAAAGUUUCGACUGAUUUAUACAUAAUCCGAAUCUAAA